UUUAAACCCACUCCGCCUUCGCUCGUCACCGAAGCGCACCGUGCUCGACCGCUGCCUGCUGCGUGUCAUUGAUGCCUCCUGCGCUGUAACUCGCUCUGCGGGCUCUGGCUGCUGUAGCUCAGCUGGCGAGAGCAGGAACAGUCCGAUCGCGAGGAGAGAUCUCGGUUUUUGUUUCGGCCAGGAACCUCGGAGGGACGCGUCCAGGGCGAGCAUCUUCCUCCGGCCGUCCGCGCUCCGCAUCCGCGCUCCGCGACGCUGCGACGGGUGUUAAAGUGGCCUGGCUAGUGCUGUAGACGCCAUCGUUGUCAAGGAAACCAAAACACCUGCAUCGUUGCCAUGGGGAAACAGAACAGUAAACUUCGGCCAGAGAUGCUGCAGGACCUCCGAGAGAAUACUGAGUUUUCUGACCAUGAGCUACAAGAGUGGUACAAGGGUUUCUUGAAGGAUUGCCCUAGUGGAACCUUGAAUGUUGAAGAGUUCAAGAAGAUAUAUGCCAAUUUCUUUCCUUACGGUGAUGCCUCCAAGUUUGCUGAGCACGUCUUCCGGACUUUCGACACAAAUGCCGAUGGAACAAUAGACUUCCGGGAGUUCAUCAUUGCCUUGAGCGUGACAUCAAGAGGAAAGCUGGAGCAGAAGCUCAAAUGGGCCUUCAGUAUGUAUGACCUGGAUGGAAAUGGGUACAUCAGCCGUGAUGAGAUGCUGGAGAUUGUACAGGCAAUCUACAAAAUGGUGUCAUCUGUGAUGAAGAUGCCAGAGGAUGAAUCCACGCCGGAGAAGAGGACAGAUAAGAUCUUCAGACAAAUGGAUCUCAAUAAUGAUGGCAAACUAUCCCUUGAGGAAUUUAUCAAAGGUGCCAAAAGUGACCCCUCCAUCGUCCGGCUACUCCAGUGCGACCCAAGCUCAGCCUCCCAGUUCUGAACAGGCCCUGCUGCAAGCCACGCCCCCCCCCCCUUUUCAUUUUUAUUCCUUUGAUCAUCUUCAUCUCUAUUGAAUUGAUAUUCAGUCAGUCAAAUCGAUGCAUGAUCGUUCACAUCUUUCAUAUCAUGUUUGGUUGUUGAUCGACGGGGUCGAGGAGGAGAAGGAGAGAAAGUCAUCACUGUCAUUUUCUUUUUUUUUUUUUUAUUUUAGAAAAUGAUCAGCCCAAAGAGGUUCCCACUGGUUAUGCUGAAUAUCUCCACCUGUCAUGUGUAGGUUGGAUUUCCUUAGUCACUGUGGACAACUUCGUCAGGAUGGCUCGGUUUCUCAUCCAACCUCCAUAUAUAUUAUGUAUAUACUGUAUUUCUGUGUAUAUCAUCGAAUGAAGUACAUUUGUCUUCUUACACUGUAUGGCACACACUCUCUGGUACUGAAGGCAGUAUUAUGUAGCGUAGCUUCCUGCUUUGAUCUGAAUGGGGUGGAGAUGGGAUUUUACUGCUGUAUGACCUUUCGCUGAACAAAAAAGAAAAAGGCCUAAGAUCCCAUAAGGUUUUUAUUGUUUUUUUUUUUUUUUAAACUGGUGAAUGUUUUUUUUUCCUUUUUUAAUUGUACAUACCGUUUUCCCUUUUUCAUGUAAUUUUAUUUAUUCAUUUUAUUCUUAUUAUUGUGCUUCUACUUUUAUAUGUUGUUCAAGAUGAUCCAGUUUACAAGGACUGAAAGAGGAAGUUGACACGUCCCAGAUGAAAGGAUAUGAAUUUCCAGUGAAAUAAGGGGAAGCAUUCGAUCAAUGACACCAGUAGCACAUAUCGUCUUAGCGGCACGUGUGAAUGAAGAAUGGCUGGACAUUUGACAGUGCGUGCGCGCAUGCGAGUGAACACUGUAUGCUGGAUGCUAACUUUUACAGUAUUAUCAUGAUCUAUUUGUUUCUUAAUUUAUUAGUAUCUAAAAGUUCUUUACUAUUGAGCAGCAACUUUACUAUAAUCGUAACCCGUUAGCAUACUGCAUGAUCCUGCACACGAGUCAGCGUAAGAUCCACAAGUUUACACACGGCGAUAUCCUUUUGUAGCUCUGCAACCCACGACAGAAACGGCCUUUCCCUAGUUUUAACCCUGUCCUCCCGUCUCCAGUGGAGAACUCACUAAGGGCUUGUUCAUUACUUUUUAGCCGAAUGCUUGUCCGACUGCAGAGGAGUUUGGCGCAGUAGCAUAUUUCACAUUACAGCGGUAGGUUCUGGCACUAGCUCUACUUUGGAUUCUUAAGUUUCCCAGACAGGCUCAGCGGACAUGUUUAUGUUAAUACUAUGCCGAUAAACCCUCCAGACACUUCUGUUGAGAGAAAACUGCAAGCUUCCCUUAUUAAAAUGAAUAAAAGACUUGCAGCAUGUCUGCAGCUGCUGCUGUUUGAAUAACUUGAGUCAGUCCCUGGAUGCAGCACAGCCAGCACCGCUCACGGUUCCUCCGACGCCUCUACUGUCACAUGACCCAGGGCCGGCCCAAGCCUCCACGGGGCCCUAAGCAAAAUUUGAUUUUGGGGCCCUCUAUUACUGCCAAUAAUACUGAUUAUUGAUCAUUCACACACCCACUAUAAACUUAUUUCAUGUGCUUCCCUCUCAUUACAAAUGCACUACAACUAGAUGUAGUUUUGUUGUAGUUAGAAGCAAACAAUAGAUUAAAAAACUUGCAGAAAAAUCUUUCAAUUCAUAUUUUGCUAAGUCAGGAACUGCCCCUACUGGCCACACAGAGAAGCAAUAGAUAAAACAUCAAAGAGCUGCACAGUUGCAGCAGAGUUGUUUCCAUCAUCCUAUUGUCAGCCUGGCAUGUUUUUACCCAUCUAAGGUUUUUAAAUCUGAAAUGGGAGAAAAUUCAGCUACAAGAGCGGCCUGGGAUUGAUUUACACUUAAUAUUUAAAGUGAUAUAGUACUAAGUGUGAUACUGAGUGUCAUCUGCAGUGCAGGCCUACUAAAAGAAAGAAAAUAAUCAAAUAGAUCUUUUAUAAACCAUUUACUGUAAACACGUUAUCUACUUUAUUUUUGGUUUUAAAUAAACUGCAACAGCAAUGUGCAACAACAAUUUGAAGUGGAACAACAACAAUUAAGUCUAACAACAAAGUACUACAAAAACUAGAACUAUAAUUAAAAUCACUUAAAUUACAUAAACAGCACCUCGUCAAUAUGUGUAUUGAUGUAAAAAUAAUUGUAUUUUUUAUUUUAUUUUAUUUGAACUCUUCGGGGCCCUAAAAAGCAGCCGCUUAGUUCGCUUAUGCCUUGGGCCGGCUCCGACAUGACUUGCCAUAUUCUGUUAUGGAGGUUAAAAAUGCAGACUUUAAUAUAUUUUUACAGAACCGGGAUAUAAAAAAGGUGUAACUC